AUGGAGAGCCAUGGCCAAUAUGCCAAUCGCGGUCGCUCCCCGUCCGCGAGCGUGCAUAGCCGCAAUGUCAGCCCAUCACCGCAUCACGGCCAGCACUCGCCAUAUCAGAACCCUUCUGCCGCGGGGCUCAUGCUAGAUGCUUCUACAGCAGGAACGGGCUACCAGCCAAAUCUCGCAUACACAGCAGCGCCGCCGCCGUCGUCGCUUGCGCCCGACUUGAAUAAUCCCGAUCUCUAUAACAACUUCCUAUCUGCCACUACCUCCGCCCAACAACACGACAACCUCGCCGCGCAAAACGAUCAGUUCGCUUCUUCCUUUGCGGCGACGUUUCAGGAUCAGUUGGAUCCGUCGGCGACUCUCCAAGACGCAAGCUAUUCGAAUUUAAUAAAUCCGAAUACGAAUGAUUAUGAUUUCACGCAGUAUGCCGUGGCCGGUGAUAAUACGGGCAUGCAACCGACUUUUGAUACGUCUUUGUUGUUGGACCAGCAGCAGCAGCAGCAGCAACAACAACAACAACAUAAUGCACAAAAUGCUCAGUUGAUGGGUCAAGGGGAUAUGGGCCCGAUGGGAUCGCCUCAUAAUCUACUGUCGCCUGAACAUCACUCUUCCCCUGGCAAUAGUCAUACUUCACCGCCCAUUUCGUCCGGGCCUUUCUACUCGCCAGCACAUUCUCGAAGCGCUUCUCUAGACCCGAUGAGUGCGGCAUACAUGUCUAAUCAUAACCAGACACAAGAGUGGCAGAACAUGCUAGAGAACCCCUCUUUUCAGAGUCAUCGCCGUGCCCCUUCGGAACAUUCAGAUGUGUCGUCUGUAUCCCAUCAUUCGCCGUAUGCCGGGCAUCAUGAGUCAUUCGAUGCUUUGGAAGGCACCUCGCCAUCUCUAGGAGCGCAAAACGAUCCUGUGCUUUAUGACAAUACGUUGGCGAUGGAUAGUUUCACGCUUUCAGAGCAACAGCAGCAGGGGUUGAGUCCUCAUCAUAGCCCUUACGUCUCACCGCAAAUUCCGUCUCAAGAUAUUAACAGUGACGCAUUCAUGUUGAGUGGACAGCAGAAUAUGACUCAGUUCCCUGCGCUUUCUCAAGACAUCUACGUAGGACAGCCGGAUGAUGCAAUGCUUGCUGGUAUGCAGGUGACGGAUAUGUCAGGUCUUGAUCCGAACCAGAUGAGCAAUAUGGUGCCACCUCCGUCGAUUAAUGUGGAGUUUGCGCCUCCUUCAAGAGUGCCUAGUUUUGGUCCAGGAGGUGAAAACGAUUUUGAUGCUUUGUCUCCGCCUUCGAGAGGAUCUCGUGGCCGAAGUAAAUCGGACCCUUUUGGACGACCUACGCCAAUCGCUCGACCCCAUUCACAGUCCGUCUCGUCAACAAGCAGUUUGGAUCCGGCAGUAGGUUCACCUGGGCGGUCUCUUUCGCCCUUUGACCCUAUGGGAGGAUCGCGCAGCAAUCCAGGCUCGCGAGGCGUGUCGCCGGCAUCCAGAUCGUCGAUACGUCGACAGUCUACAUCUUCCAUUGAGCGCAAGGUUAUCCUUGAUCUAGCCGACCCGCAACGACCAGGUGCCACGCCUGGUGAAUCAAAGAGGACCCAGAAACAUCCUGCUACAUUCCAAUGCAACCUCUGUCCUAAGAGAUUUACGCGUGCAUAUAACCUGCGGUCUCAUCUUCGAACCCACACGGAUGAGCGGCCCUUUGUUUGUACUGUGUGCGGAAAAGCAUUUGCCCGUCAACACGAUCGAAAGCGACACGAAGGUCUGCAUUCGGGCGAGAAGAAAUUCGUAUGUCGCGGCGAUCUUGCUUCUGGCGGUCAAUGGGGUUGUGGACGACGCUUUGCUCGAGCGGAUGCUUUAGGUCGCCACUUCCGAUCAGAAGCCGGACGGGCUUGUAUCAAGGCGUUGUUGGACGAAGAGGCUAUUGAACGAAACCGAGUUUUCAUGGAACAACAAGCGCAGCAACAACAUCUCCAACCCGUCCCACAACCGAUGAUGGUCCCUGGUCUUGAUAAUGGCCAAGGAUUCACUCUUCCAGCAGCACUACUAGCCCAGUAUCCCGCCCUUCAGAACCUGCAAUGGGAUCAAAUCGCCACCACAGGCGACGAUGUCAGUGAUAUGAGCGCCCGAAACAGCUUCGACGCAAGCUCAGGGGGAGAAUUCGGCUUCGACGACGACGACUUGAGUAUAAGUAGUUUCACAGGCGCGUCAGGUCAAGGCGCCAUAUACGGUGGUAGUGGUAGUCAUCCCAACUCAUCACCGAAUUUCGGACUGGAAGCGACAGAUCCGAACUAUACGGGACAGGAAUGGAAUCAAUAA